AUGGAAAGCUUAUAUGUGACGGAAAGCGCUUUUGCCGCGACAUCGUCGUCAUCUUAUGCCUACACGUCGUCCCCGCUCUACACUCCCCCACCAGACUCGUCUUUGGCCUCUAGUCCAAGUGAGGACGCGUUCUCGUCUGCUCAGGGCGACAUCCCAAUGGCGGGGUUCCCACUUGCGAGUUCGGACAAACAUUGGGACAGUCUGAGCGACGACUUCAUCACCAACGCGCUGAAUUCCUUUCCGCCGUCUUCCGCCCUCGGGCUGGACGAAGAGUUGGAUUUCAUGACGCAGAGUGCUUCAAGCGAUCCGCGAUGUUGUCAGAGCGAAGCGACGCCUUCGUCUCCGUAUUCUGGAGCGCUCUUGGCUGAGUCCACGUACCCGAACAGCUCUUCGUGGGUUGAAGAAGUGCCUGUAAUGGCACAGAAGCCCACGGCAGGUCUCGACGAGCAUAAAAAGCAGCGACGCCGGUCGCAGAUCGCAUUGGGCGUGCAACGCCAUCGAGAGAAGAAGAAGAGUCUGGUCGUGUCGUUGCAGACCGAGAUGAGUCAACUAACGAGCCACUUGGCGACUCUGCGAGCCGAGCGACGGGCUCAACUCGCGAACAACGACGAGCUCAUGAAGAACGAGGAAGAAGCGAUGACGCAACGGCGCAAGCGGAAACAGGCCGAGCAGCACAAUCAGCUGCUGAAAAAGGCGCUGUUCCAGCAGACGACGUUUCUCGGGGGCAUGCGGGCCAUGAUGGGCGGCAGCAACUUGCUGCUUUCCAAGACGCUCGAGUUCCACGACUGGGUGCACUCGUACACGGCCUUGUCGGCCACGGAAUCUCUUGGGCGGCGCAAAGAGUACGUCGCGCACUUUCCACGGAGUAAGAUGGAGUUGGCGCGGAACAUUGUGAUCCAGAACACCGAAGAAGAUACUUUGCGCUUGUUGGCCACGGGCGGCACAACGACGGCGAACAUUCGGAUUUUGCACGACGGGACGCGGCACGCGCGCGAGAUGCACAUUGAGUCGACUGGGGGCAUCACACGGGACCUCUUUGGUCGCCGCAGUAGCCGUCAGGAUCCGUAUACCUCGUUCGUCGACGAUGCCGGUGACGGCCGCGUGAUUAAGGAGUUCUCGUCCGUGUUUGUUUUCCCCGAGACCGUGCACUGCACGCUAUAUGCGCUCAUGCACAUUGUCGCCAGUAGCAUGAAGACCAUCGGCGUGUACUACUCGGGCGUGUCGUACGAAGCGCGAGCGUCGGAAGAAGUGCACCUCGAGGAGGACAAUGGCUUGACGCACUCGGACGUGUACUACUCGGACCUGGUGGCGUCCAUGGAGCCCGUGAUUGAAGAAGUCGACGAAGCGGAUACGGCUGGGAACAUUGACGUUGAAGCGCGGGUUUUGACGCGCGUGCAAUGUGGACAAGACGAAGGGAUCCUCUUGUGGGACUACGCGGACGAAGACGCGUUGCACCCGAUUCCAGUCGACUCGCCCGACCGCAAAGCCAUUCGCCGCAACGUGUGCGGUGCAAUGAUCGUACGACGCGAAGUGGGCACCGGUUUGCUCUCAGUGCGCCACGUCUCGAUCAAAGCGUAUUGUCCGCUGGCGCAGCCCAAGAACGUGCCGGGAGGGCCCGAGGCGUCGGACGCCGAAGAGAUUCGACGGGCCAUCACGCGACGCAUUGGCCUGCAAGCGACCGAGUCUGAACGCUUGCGGGACCGGUGCUUGGGCUACGUCUACAACGACAUUGUCCGUCGCUUGGAGAUGCUGCAAGUGUCGUGA